CCGUUAAGGUUUCUUCUCCUAAACACAAACCUACCCACCAAAACACCACUCGAAAUGUCUUCCAGCCAACAAAUCAACGCUACUUCCGCUCAGGUGCAGGCCACCAACGAGGGAGCCAGCAUCCCUGUGGCUGCUACCAUACCGGUCAUUUCAGCCCCGGUGUUGCCUCUGGGUCUGAGCUCUGUCCCGACGGCCAGCCCCGGUGUUGCCUCUGAGAUCACAAAGGGAGAGACCCGGGAGAAACUGGAACCCGAGGCUGAGACGGUGGAAAUCGAACUCCACCCGGGUGAUUCUUCGAGGAUGGUCAGAAUUGGAGCAAAUCUCCCCGAGGAUCUCAAGGAGCAGAUUACACGGGUCCUCCAAGAAUACGCGGGCAUAUUCGCAUGGAGCGUGGCGGAUAUGCCCGGGAUAGAUCGCUCUGUUAUCUGCCACCGGUUGGCCGUGAGGGAGGGAAGUCGACCGCUACGCCAAAAGAAGCGGUACCUGGCCAGUGACCGGCGAGACUUCGUCAAGAAGGAAGUGAAAGACCUCCUCAGUGUUGGUCACAUCCGGGAAGUCAA